AGGCACUGCUGCCUAGGAUGGAUGAUAUGUGGCUUGUUUGCCUUUGAGUGUGGGCUGUAGCAAGGCACAGACUGGGCCAAAAUAAGAUUUUUUUCCAAAGUCAAGAUGUCUGGACGUGGAAAGAAGAAUGUGGUGGCUGGCAAACCUGGAGCUACACCAAGGAAAACUAAAUCAGCCCUGGCUGGACUGCAGUUUCCUGUGGGUCGUGUCUACAGGCUCCUUAAGAGAGGUGGCUAUGCUGACAGGGUUGGUCCUGGCUCUGCCAUCUACCUGGCUGCAGUGCUGGAGUACCUGACAGCAGAGAUCUUGGAGCUGGCAGGGAACGCUGCACGGGAAAACAAGAAAUCCAGGAUCCUGCCCCGGCACAUCCAGCUGGCUGUGAGAAAUGAUGAGGAGCUGAACAAGCUCUUCUCCUGUGUGACCAUUGCUCAAGGAGGGGUUAUGCCAAAUAUCCUUUCUGAGCUCCUUCCAAAGAAAACUGUCUCAAGUGCUGCUCCUUCUGAAGAACAACGUGGUAGCCAGUGAAACUUGCUUUUCCUGGUCUGUUCUGUGCACUUAUGGAUGAUGGGAGUCAGUAGCACUGAUUUAUAUGUGAUUUAUCUGUUUGUACUUCUUCCACUGAUUUUUAAUGUUUUUAAAGUUUCUAAUAAACUUAUUAGAAAGCAAA